AUGGCUGCUUUGUCAAAUCUUAGUUAUCUCCAUGUCCCGCCUGGUAGGCCCUACAACUACAACACAGUUACCCAGAUAGCUCGGGAGAAUGCUCGCUUACGUCCAAAUCAGGAACUAUUAAUUAUCAGAGAACUGGACGGGUCAAGGUAUACUUUAACGAACGCCAGCCUGUAUCAACAAGCUGAACACCUGGCAAGAUAUCUGGUGACACUGGGAGUCAAGAGAGGUGACAUAGUAGGCCUGGUAGGUCCGAAUUCCCUAGAGAAGGCUAUUGGAUCAUUGGGAAUAAUGUUAGCUGGAGCUAUUAUAUGGAAUGCCAAUAUCAAUCUGAAAACGGCACAAGAUGUCAUGGCACAAAUUCAACUUCUACAGGCAAGAGUCAUGUUGGUGGAUUGUGGCAAAGACAACUGUUUUCUUCCCCCUGUCAAAGCUAUGCUGGAUCACUACACUGUUCAAACAGACAGCGCGAAUGAGGACACUGAUAUCAAGGUUACAUAUCUCAGAAAAACAGAUGAUAACAUGUCGGAAACUUUAGAACGCAUACAAUCACUUCAGCUGGAUCAAAUCGAACUGCCAAUCAUUUAUCCAGAAGACGACGCGAUAGUCCUCCCAACAUCGGGGAGUACUGGAAAAUCAAAGAUUGUUCGCCAUUCUCACUUCAGCCUUUAUAAACUGCCCUCAAGCCAAUACUCCGUGUGCGGAGACGUUGGUAGGCCCUUUCCUGGAGUAGAAAUCAGAAUCGUAGACCAUCAAGAUAUACCAAUCGAAAAGGGAAUGAUAGGCAAAAUUCAGGUCCGCUCACCAUAUGCAAUGAAAAAAUAUGAUAGAAAUCCCGAGCUUACAAAGAGGGCUUUUACAGAAGAGAAAUGGUACAGAACAGGGGAUCUUGGUAAUCUGUCACGAGAUGGAAAUCUCGUUAUCGUAGGGCGAGAAGCUGAUGUCAUAUCUAGAGGCUGUAAAACUAUAUACCCGGGAGUGUUGGAGUCUCUUUUAAAAGGGAUGACGUCCAUCAAAGACGUCUGUGUGGUUCCUGUACCUGAUAAAAGACUACUUGAAGAAGUUUGUGCGUGUUUUGUGUCGUCCGGGCAGGUCAACCCAGAAGACGUGAAAAAGUUCUUCGAGCAGAAACUGUUCAAGGAGCAAACUCAGAACAAUCUUAGCGAAAUACCGACCUACUUUUUGCAGUUUGAAGCCUUUCCAGAGGUAGGAAAUGGAAAAUUUGAUAGAAAAACAAUACGUCGCGAUGCAAUUGCAAGAUUGGGUCUGACUAAAGCACACGCCAGUAUGAACAAGUAG